AUGGGUAUCUGCGCCUCGUGUCUCGGCAGUCGACGAGACAGUCAAGAUUCUUCCGAAUCCUCGCGUCUCCUCGAUGAUGAUAUCUACCAGUCUGGAUACGGAUAUGGAGCCCUCAAUCAUGCGAACCAGGUCGCCCAACCAGACACCGGAUACAUAAAGCGCGAACGGGAAGCCUUAGAAGCGAUAUGUCAACGGACUUCGGACAACGUCAUCGAUAUCUGGUCCCUUCAACCUCAACCUCACCUCCAACCCCAAGCAACGCUGCACGGUCCCGUGUCCCCUUCGACAUCGAAAUCAGGCGCCACAGACGAUGUCCCCGUGAGGAUCACAACCUCGCCGCCGUCGGAACACCCCUCAUCAGCCGGUAAAGACUCCGCGACGAAGCCCGGUGCCGUCCCAAAACACUGGGGCGAAGUCGUCAUCAACCCCCGAAAAGGCAAGCAGGCAGGCUCCGGAUCAAACGACGAGGCCCCUACUCGCGAUGUCUUCGGGGUUUUACAAGUUUCUUGA